CACAUAAUUGGAAAAGCACAAGUAGCUGGAAAAGCUUGCACUUCUCAAAUUGCAGAUAUUUCGCGUUAGUUGCUGCGGCUGGUCUGGUGUAGUUACAAUUAACGAUUGUAAACAACAAAUUCUAACUGUUGAAUCAGCAUUGUUAUGGAAAAUAAACGGGUAUUUUUUGAUGGGAGCCUGGAAGAGCUUGAAGAUGAGGCAUUUGAUGGGGAAAAAUCGACACGCACUUCAGAUGAAAAUCGCAAACAAAAUCACAGCGAGAUUGAGAAACGACGACGUGAUAAAAUGAACACAUAUAUAAAUGAGCUAUCUUCCAUGAUACCCAUGUGCUAUGCCAUGCAACGAAAGCUUGACAAGCUAACGGUACUACGCAUGGCUGUGCAGCAUUUGCGUGGUAUACGCGGGAGCCUACAUCCGUAUAAUGGGGGCGAAUACAUGCCCAACUUUCUGUCCGAUCAGGAGUUAAAGAUGAUUAUUUUGCAAGCCUCUGAGGGUUUCCUAUUUGUUGUCGGCUGCGAUCGCGGACGCAUACUUUAUGUUUCUGAGUCAGUUUCGACCGUUUUAAAUUGCACACAGGCCGAAUUGUUGGGUCAGAGCUGGUUCGAUGUGCUACACCCCAAGGAUAUAGGCAAAAUCAAAGAGCAGCUGUCUUCAUUGGAGCAAUGCCCACGCGAACGUCUUAUUGAUGCCAAAACCAUGUUGCCGGUUAAAACGGAUGUGCCACAGAGCUUGUGUCGAUUGUGUCCGGGCGCGCGUCGCUCCUUCUUUUGUCGCAUGAAACUGCGAGCCGCCAGCAAUCAAAUCAAAGAAGAGUCUGACACAUCUUCCAGUUCACGCAGUUCCACAAAGCGUAAAUCCAAGCUGAGCAUGGAUCACAAAUAUCGCGUUAUACAGUGCACAGGCUACUUAAAAUCCUGGACCCCUAUUAAGGACGAGGAUCAGGAUGGAGACAACGAUGAACAAACUACGAACCUGUCUUGCCUGGUGGCCAUUGGUCGCAUACCUACGAACGUGCUCAACUUGAGUGUGCCCUCCUCGCUGGACAACCAACCAAACAUUCGACAAGUGCUCUUCAUAUCACGUCACUCAGCGGAGGGAAAGUUCUUGUUUAUGGAUCAACGUGCUACACUCGUGAUUGGCUUUCUGCCGCAAGAGAUACUAGGCACUAGUUUCUACGAGUAUUUCCAUAGCGAAGACAUCUCCGCGUUAGUCGAUUUACAUAAAUUGGCAAUGCAGUCGCAGGAAAAAGUGACCACACAGGUGUAUCGCUUUCGCUGUAAGGACAAUUCUUUUAUUCAACUGCAAAGUGACUGGCGAGCUUUUAAAAACCCAUGGACAAAUGAAAUUGACUAUAUAAUUGCUAAGAAUACAGUGUUUCUCUAGAUGUGUACUAUUUGUAACUCGUACGAUUAAGGAUUUUGAUUCAAGCUAUACUAGUAUGUAAUGUUUCAAUCAUAAAUCGAUGUACCAAUAAGUAGUAACUUUGUUUCAAAAACGUGCAGUGUUGUUUAUAAUAAUAAACGGUAUGUCCAAAUCGUAAGAAAAACUAUUUUGAUCAAAUUUUUA